GCGGCGCCGCGCCUCCGCCCGUCUGCGCGCAGGGGCGGGCGUCGCGGGGGAGCCGGGCCGGCAGGAGACGUCCUGCGGCGGCAGGGAGGGAGGGACGAGGCGGGGGUGCCGGCUCUCCCGGAAACAGCCCCGGCCGGCGGCAAAGCGGCGGCCGCUGCUGCGGGGGGAGGUCGCGUGUGGUGCUGCGCCGCCGCCGCCGGGCGGGCAGCCGGCAUGGAAGCGGUGCCCCGCGAGGAGAAGCCCAACCCGCUGCGGGAUGCCAACCUCUGCUCCCGGCUCUUCUUCUGGUGGUUGAAUCCCUUAUUUAUUACUGGACAUAAACGGAAGCUUGAAGAAGAUGAUAUGUAUAAAGUGUUGCCAGAAGACUCGUCGGAGAAGCUUGGAGAGGAAUUACAGUGCUACUGGGAUAAAGAGGUGCAAAAAGCAAAAAAAGAUGGAAGAACACCACAUUUAACAAAAGCAAUCAUACUCUGUUAUUGGAAAUCCUAUUUAGUUUUUGGAAUUUUCACAAUGAUUGAGGAAACUCUCAAAAUAAUUCAGCCAAUAUUUUUGGGAAAAAUUAUUAAUUAUUUUGAAAACUAUGAUUCCUCUGAUGAGGUAGCUUUGAAUUUUGCAUAUUGCUAUGCAGCUGCUCUGUCUGUGUGCACACUUAUUCUAGCUAUAAUGCACCACUUAUACUUCUAUCAUGUACAGCGGGCUGGCAUGAAGCUGAGGGUAGCUAUGUGUCAUAUGAUUUAUCGGAAGGCACUUCGUCUCAGUAAUACAGCUAUGGCAAAAACUACCACUGGUCAAAUAGUAAAUCUUCUGUCAAAUGAUGUGAACAAAUUUGAUCAGGUAACGAUUUUCUUGCACUUCUUAUGGGCUGGACCAAUUCAAGCUGUAGCAGUAACAGUACUACUCUGGGUGGAAAUAGGCCCCUCAUGCCUUGCAGGAAUGGCAGUUCUCAUUAUCCUUCUUCCUGUACAGACCUGCAUUGGGAGGCUUUUUUCUUCUCUAAGAAGCAAGACAGCUGCCUUUACAGAUGUCAGGAUUAGGACCAUGAACGAAGUCAUAAGCGGUAUGAAGAUAAUAAAGAUGUAUGCUUGGGAAAAAUCAUUUGCAGAACUUGUGAAUGGUUUAAGAAGGAAGGAGAUUGCCAUGGUAAUGAAAAGCUCCUACCUUCGAGGACUGAACUUAGCCUCUUUCUUUGUGGCAAGCAAAAUAACAGUGUUCAUGACUUUCAUGGCAUAUGUACUGCUUGGCAAUGUUAUCUCUGCAAGUCGGGUGUUUGUUGCAGCGUCGCUGUAUGGUGCAGUAAGACUGACAGUAACUCUCUUCUUCCCUGCGGCUGUUGAGAGAGUAUCCGAGGCAGUGGUUAGCAUACGACGAAUCAAGAACUUUCUGAUACUUGAUGAGGUUUCACACUUCAAGCCGCAACUGCAUAGUAGUAAUGAGAAUGUCAUUCUUCACGUUCAAGAUUUGACUUGCUAUUGGGAUAAGAGUUUAGAAAGCCCAGCACUUCAACAACUUUCAUUUACUGUCAGACGAGGAGAAUUAUUGGCUGUGAUUGGUCCAGUAGGAGCUGGAAAAUCUUCCCUCUUAAGUGCUGUGCUUGGUGAGCUGCCUAAAGAGAAAGGAUUGAUAAAUGUAUCUGGAAGAAUCGCCUAUGUUUCUCAACAACCCUGGGUAUUUUCUGGUACAGUAAGAAGUAAUAUACUGUUUGACAAGGAAUAUGAGAAAGAAAAAUACGAAAAAGUUCUAAAAGCCUGUGCUCUUAAAAAGGACAUGGAAUUAUUAGCAAAUGGUGACUUAACAGUAAUAGGAGAUCGUGGAGCUACGCUGAGUGGAGGACAGAAGGCUCGUGUAAAUCUGGCCAGAGCUGUGUAUCAAGAUGCAGACAUCUAUCUUUUGGAUGAUCCACUGAGUGCAGUAGAUGCUGAAGUUGGGAGACACUUGUUUGAAAAAUGUAUUUGUCAGGCCUUACAUCAGAAGGUUUCUGUUUUGGUGACUCACCAGUUGCAAUAUCUCCGUGCUGCAACUCAGAUUCUAAUCUUAAAAGAUGGUAAAAUGGUGGGGAAAGGUACCUAUUCAGAGUUCCUGAGAUCUGGCAUCGACUUUGCUUCCCUUUUGAAAAAAGAUGAGGAGGGAGAACAGCCGUCAGUUCCAGGCACCCCCAAUCCAAAGACCUCAAGGAACCGUACCUUUUCAGAGUCCUCUGUCUGGUCCCAGGAUUCUUCUGUCCACUCACAGAAAGAUGGAGCAGUGGAGCAACCACACGCUGAAAAUGCACUGGCUGCAAUGCCAGAGGAGAGUCGCUCUGAAGGAAAAAUAAACUUCAAGGUUUACAGAAAAUAUUUCACUGCAGGAGCAAACUACUUUGUAAUUUUUAUACUUUUACUAUUCAAUAUUUUGGCACAGGUGGCAUAUGUGCUCCAGGAUUGGUGGCUUUCUUACUGGGCAAAUAAUCAAGAGAAGUUGAAUGUCACAACAAAUGGAAAUAAUGGAACAAAUGAGACUGAACACCUAGACCUUAACUUUUAUUUAGAAAUAUAUGCAGGUUUAACGGUGGCUACAAUACUGUUUGGCAUAAUAAGAAGUCUUCUGGUUUUUCAAGUUCUUGUUAAUUCUGGUCAGACUUUGCACAACAAAAUGUUUCAAUCCAUUUUGAAAGCUCCUGUGUUGUUUUUUGACAGAAAUCCUAUAGGAAGAAUCUUAAAUCGUUUCUCCAAAGAUAUUGGCCAUCUGGAUGACUUGCUUCCAUUGACGUUUUUGGACUUUGUGCAGACUCUCCUACAGAUUUUUGGUGUGGUAGCUGUGGCUGUGGCAGUGAUUCCUUGGAUACUAAUCCCCUUAAUUCCACUAUUUAUUCUUUUCGUUUUUCUUCGACGAUAUUUCUUAGACACUUCAAGAGAUAUUAAACGUCUGGAAUCCACAACUCGAAGUCCAGUGUUCUCCCACUUGUCGUCAUCCCUCCAGGGACUUUGGACUAUUCGGGCUUUGAAAGCAGAGGAAAGAUUUCAAAAAUUAUUUGAUGCACACCAAGACCUCCACUCAGAGGCCUGGUUUCUAUUUCUGACGACCUCGAGGUGGUUUGCUGUGCGUCUGGAUGCCAUCUGUGCCAUUUUUGUUAUAGUGGUUGCCUUUGGUUCCCUGCUUCUCGCCAAGACUUUGAAUGCAGGGCAGGUUGGUUUGGCGCUAUCCUAUGCAAUCACUCUCAUGGGAACUUUCCAGUGGGGUGUUAGACAAAGUGCUGAAGUUGAAAACCUGAUGAUAUCAGUAGAAAGAGUAAUGGAAUACACAGAACUUGAAAAAGAAGCUGCUUGGGAGACUGACAAGCAUCCACCACCUGAAUGGCCAAGCCAAGGAAUGAUAGCAUUUGAAAAUGUUAACUUCACUUACAGUCUAGAUGGACCUUUGGUGUUAAGACAUUUGUCUGUUUUAAUUAAACCAAAAGAAAAGCAGUCAUUACUGCAUACAUCUGAGUCUCAGACAGUGGGUAAUUGCCCUCUGGUGUCUGUUGGAAUUGUGGGAAGAACAGGAGCUGGGAAAAGCUCUCUUAUAGCAGCCCUCUUUCGAUUGGCUGAACCUGAAGGAAGGAUUUGGAUUGAUAAGUAUUUGACAUCAGAGCUAGGACUCCAUGACUUGCGGAAGAAAAUUUCAAUUAUACCUCAGGAACCUGUUUUAUUCACUGCAACUAUGAGGAAAAAUUUAGAUCCUUUCAAUGAAUACACUGAUGAAGAGCUGUGGAAUGUCUUGGAAGAGGUGCAAUUGAAGGAGGUUGUGGAAGAUCUACCUAAUAAAAUGGAGACACAGCUGGCAGAAUCUGGGUCUAAUUUUAGUGUUGGUCAGAGGCAGCUGGUGUGUCUUGCCAGAGCGGUUCUAAAAAAAAAUCAGAUCCUUAUCAUUGAUGAAGCAACAGCAAAUGUGGACCCAAGAACAGAUGAGUUCAUUCAAAAGACGAUCCGAGAAAAGUUUGCUCAGUGCACAGUGCUGACCAUUGCACACCGCUUGAACACCAUUAUUGACAGUGACAAGAUUAUGGUUUUAGAUGCAGGAAGACUAAAAGAAUAUGGUGAACCUUACAUUUUGCUACAGGAAAAAGAUGGCUUGUUUUACAAAAUGGCGCAACAAGUGGGCAAAACUGAAGCAGCUUCUCUGAUAGAAACAGCAAAACGGGUUUAUUUCAGUAAGAAUUAUCCAGAAGUUGUUCAGAAUGGUCAGCUUGCCACGGACCCCUCCUUGGAUCCUUCCUCAGGCGUAUGCAUCACCGAAACUGCACUGUGAUUCCUGACAAGCGCAGUUGUUUUCCAGAGAACCUAAACGUGAGAUCAUCUAAACUCAGUGACUGACGAUGUUUGAAAGCUUCAGCAGGGGAGGAGAAGAGGGGCUAUUCUUUGCAGUGGACAUCUUUCUAUUUAAUACUGAGAAGAAAUGUUUUUCUGUGCCUGUUUCUUUAAUUUCAGUGCAAUAUAUGUUUUCCUUUCCAACUAAGUAUGUUUUUAUUGCUAAGGAAAUUAGGCAGACUAAGUUUUUGUUUGAAAGUUAUGCAGUAGAGAUCUCUUAUUUAAACAGGUGCAGGACACCUAACAGAUCGAGGGUGCGUUUUUGGAGAUUAUUAAAAAAUUGAGAUGUGUCCUUUUUCUCUUUUGGAAAUAUUUUGAGAGCAAGCAAAAAUAAAAUUUGUUCAGUGUCACUUUAACACAACAACUAGAUCUAAACAGCAGAUUUGGUUGUGUACAACUUAGUUGUCUAAUGCAACUGUCUUUCUACCUGUCUUGCAGAUUGGUAGAAACAAGAAUUGAACAAGCCAAAAAAACCUUUUCUUUUUGAUAGCAAAAGUACUAUAUACUUAUUUUUUGAUAAAUAAUUCAAAUAAUGCUGUUUAAGAUGAAUGUAAAUAAUUACUUUUUUUGCUGAAAUCCAAAUGUUGAAAAAUCAAUAUCAAUCUUCUGUACUUUAGAAGAAAAUUACUAUAUUUGCACUGAAGAAAUAUUUAAAUAAUUUAACAUACAUUCCUUUUUUUUACAGGUUAUCAAAGAAAAAAGUAUUAAAAUAACUUGAGGAAACGUUUGAAUGACAUGUCAUUAUACCUAAAUACCAUGUACUACAAAGUUAUCUUCAGCACAACACAUUGAAAUGUAUACAUUAUUUGCAUUUAUUGUGCCUUAAUAUUUGUGCCUUCAAGCCAAAGCUAUAACAGCAGGGUACACGACAAAUUCAUUAAAUAUACUUUACAAAUAUUUAACCUUAGUAUAUUUAAAAUUUUGCAUCAGGGGUUCUCUUGAACUCAAGCUGUUUGAAGUUACCAUCCUAGUGGAAUAGGUAGGAAAGUACAAGCUGUAGUUUUGAAUGGCUGUUGCUGAUAGUGAGAAAGAGAGAUUCUGCGUUCAUAUGUUAUGUCCUGAUUCAGCAAAGCACUUUAACAUAAAGACACUAUUCCCAUGCUUAAAAAAAGUCAAGCAAGUGCUAUGCUGCUUCAGAUUUUUUCAUGUUUAGUGAGAGACUGCCUUUUUGAGGUCCAGUGCAGAAUAAAUCUUGCUGUUUAAAUGUCACAGGAAAGACUAGAAAGUAACAGAUCUCUUCAGGACACAGGAUAUACUGUUCUCUUCAAAAAAUUUUGAAGAUGCUCACUAUCACUGCUGUAAGAUAAAUAUUGUUUACCCAAUGAAAAAAGUGGUCUAAAACAAAGGCAAACUCAACUGUUUCUCAUUUCAAGCAGUUCUCCCAGCAAAUAUCUGAUUCAAAUACAAAAUUACUCUCUCCUUAUCUGGAAGUAAACUGAGGCCAAAACCUGUGCCUUAGCAUAAGGGCUGACCUAGAAGGUCUUUGUCCUGCACAGAAACCCAGUCCAGUGGCAAGAGGCAGAAGCUUCAUUUCCCUCAGGCAGCACCUUUUCUGCAGCAGGGCUCACGGUCCUGCUCCAAAAUACCAGGAGAGGCGAGUACCUCUUGCUGCCUGCACUCCCCGGGUUUCUCUUUGUCCCCUUCAGUUCAAAGAGGGGCACGGAUGCUGCAGAGCUUGGUACAGGAGAUGCAGCACUCCUCAUGGUGGUUGCAUGACCCACAAGGAUCCACUCUGCUUUCCUUGGUUCUGGUUUGCUGGCCUGCGCAGGGGUGGCAGCCAGUUUUCUGGUAACAGUCUCUUGUAUUGUUAGCAGGGCGUUACAAAAUGAAGUACUUUGUCCCUAGGCUUUUUUUUUUUUUUUUUGGCAGGUUCUGACACUUUUUCUUUGGUGUGUAGCACCUUACACUAUAGCUGAUGCCAUCAAAAUCAACAGAACUGAGCUUCACACAGUGAUGCAGAACAUGAGUCUUGUGCUAUGUCUGGUGCUAAAUAAAAGAGGGUUAGGGACACAUACCUGUCACCAAAGCCAAAUGGCACAGAUUGGCUCAGGUAAGCGGUGCUUCUGGCUAAUCCCUUCUCAAGCACACCAGCCAGGUCCACAUCCCAUAUCACUUGGCCCUUGAUCUCCUCUAGGCCCCUGUGGUCCCCCUGUGGACCUAAUUCACAAUUAUUAUCAUGUAUGCUUUGUUUUGUUUUUUUACGUUUCAAGUUAAAAGUGUCUGAAAUAAGGAUAUGCUAUUCUGCAGCUCAGUAGAGUGAUGUUUGUAUAACAGAGGUAUGUGAAGAUGUAAAGGAGUGUUUCAGUGUGUCAGGUCACCUGGUAUGAUGCUGGGGGACUGUGCAGGGAGUGAAGAGAGUCCAAGCUGGUAUUGUCUUGUCUCUGCUGCCUUUUGGAAGGGAUCCACGGUGUGAACUAUCUCGGGCUCUGCCCAAGCUUUGUUGCGGAGACACCUAGCUGGAGAGAUCCAAAACAGCUAGGGAGUGAGCUGACCAUUAAGCGGUCUAGACAGGUUGUGGGGCCUGGUGCUUGAGCUUAUUUGUGUUUAUCCUUUUUUAUUGACCAGUUGGGACGUACCCACAGAGUCUAAUCCUGUUUGAUAAUAGUGCAUUCUUUUAAUUUAUAAAUAGUUCUUACAAGAAAAGAAGUACUAUGUAUAAUAUAUGAAGACUUUUAUGUACUCUAAGAGAACAGUGCGUUCUCCUGGCCAUAUAUCUUGAGUUUUUGGUUUUUUUGUUUUUUUUAAUCAAAAUCAAGGAGGAAUAUGUGUAUGAACCCAGGGUAUAAUUAUAGUUUUAAUACAUUUCAGCUCUGAAAUGAAUCUAUGGUAAGUUGUAUUCCAGAGCACAACUCCAAGAUGUUGGCUGCCGCAGAGCCACUGGUGUGAGACCCUGACAGAUCUAGCUAUCAAUCUAUAAACUAGAAUUAAUUUGAUACUGUAGCUUUUUGAAUGCGCACAAAAAUGUUAGGAAUCUCUGAAAAUACUGAUUCUGCUUCUUCACAUGUUCUGACAGGACAUUACUAGUUCUAUGUAUCAAAUAUCAAUGUAAGAAAAUUCAAAUUAAAAAAAUCACACCGAUAACCCAUAAAUUGCUGAAUAGAGCAACUGGUAGUGAGUCAUUUAUAUCUGUUGUUGGCCUUACAUCCAUCUUUUUAGUUUAAAGAAAGUAACAAAAAUACUUUAAACAGGAAAUUGUUUUUCAGAUUCUUUUGUUGUUUUUGUUGAUACUUGUUUUGUUUAGCUGAGUGUUAAGACUGACUGAUCCAUUUAAUUUCAGUUGAGGGAAAAGGUGCAAUGUACCUGAAUGGCAAAACUCAAAUCAGGUGUGAGAAAGGCCUUUCUUUAAUGAAUGUCUUGAUUUGUUAAAUGUACAAAUUAUCUUUCUGGCAAUGUGUUCUAUAUUUCCGUUUAAGGAAAAAUUCACAUAGUUCUAAACUUCCAUUCUGAAAACACUCAUGCUUUAUUCGGAAAUAGCAAGACUGGUUAUUGUAAGUUACAUUCCAUCAUGGGGAUCUUGGAAAAAGAGCUCAGUCUUCUGAGUUAUUAAUGCCUUUAAAAUAUUUCUUCACCACCAGGUGCCUUAAAGUAUUCUGGAGUCUUCUUUCUAAUAUAUAUCAUUUUAUACAGUAAUUCUGAAAAUCAUCCGUUACAGAACAGUUGUUUGUUUGGUGUAAGAGAUGAGGAACAGCCUCUACUUUUGAUCUAAAGAAUUGUACCAGACAUUAAAUUUGGUAUAUCUUUGCUCCACCCCUCAUGAAAAGACCGCAGGUAGAGUCAAAACCAACACAGUUCUCAAGAAUAGGUUAUCUGAUGUUUUGUUUGUUCUGCGGGCAAAAUUUUGUUUAGUGAACUGAACCAGAGCUCAUUUGCAAAAUAGUUUUAGUCUUCUGCAAUGUCAUUCACACUGCUCUUUGGAGGAGAGAAGUUGCUCUUCUGACCAGGAUCAGUAAUCUUCGUUGUUUAAUUGACGUUGACUAUUUUUUUGUAACCUUCCCAAUGUGUGUUUAAAAUAAAAUUAAGAAGCAGAAGGAGACUAAGGAUCCAGAUGGUAUAGAAACCUUCCUGAAAAUGCUACUUUUCUUGUUAAUCUGACCUUUCCAAUUAUCUCAGUAUGUUUGCCUUUUUUUUGAGGAAAAAAAAAGAGGAAAAAAAAAUAAGAUCAGUUACUUCCUUUAACAGCAAUGAGCUUCUGACACUUCAGCAGAGAAAUGUGGCUUUUUGUGUAUGUUUUACAUUGUAUAACAUGGCACUGCUUUUUCAUCCCUUUAACUCUGGUUUUGUUUUGUUUUGUUUUGUUUUUGGCAUUUGUAUGAUAAUCUGAUUUUGUUAUUGCUACAGAAUGAUUUCUUUUGUUGAUGUUCACAUGACAACUGUCAUAAAAUAAAACGAGUUUCUCAGAA